AUGGCCCGGCGAUCGAAUCCACCCAGACGCGUACGGCGAAAGCUUGACCCUCCAGCUUCCUCGACGAGUGCCUCCUCGAGCCGGGUAUCGGACGAGGAUGACGUUCAUCUGCGACACUCUCCACGGCUAGAGCAAAAUGUCCCUCCCAGUAAACUUAUACUAUGCCUCGACUAUGGGACGACCUUGACUUCCAUCUCAUAUAUCACCUUCGAUCCCAAUAACCCUCCCACAGUCGUCCAUCCAUUAGGUAUCCGAUCCAUUGCGAACUGGCCGCGGGCCCGUCGAUUCGUUCACCCAGGGAGCCCAUUUGUGCCCAGUGAAAGCUGGUAUCGUGACGGGAAAUUCCUGUGGGGCCAUGAUGUGCAAUAUACGCUACAUACUCUAUCAGAAAAUGAUGAUACAGAGUCGAUAGAUUACAUCGUUCAACUUCCGAAGCUGUUGCUGGAUGAUGAUGGGGGGGACCUAGACAAUGACCAGCUGGCACAGCCGAGGAAGGCACUCCGCAAUGUAGGUAAAACUGCCAGAGACGCUAUUCGGGACUAUCUUAUGAAAGUCUUCAAGCAUGCUCGUAGUCAACUGGGGGAAAAAGAGGGUUUCAAUAAUACUUGGGAGGUCGAGCUAGCACUAUGCGUGCCAUCCAAGUGGUCAACAUAUGCACAGCUCACAAUGCAGGAAAUUAUGCUUGAGGUAGUGGAUAAAACGGACAUGAGCGGGAGGGAGUUCUCAAUGUUUAUCAUUGAUGAACCUGAGGCUGCAGUGACCUUUGCACUGUGCCACGAGAAUAUCCAAAGGGUUAUUACGAAAGGGACUAACUUCGUCGUCUGCGAUGCGGGAGGUGGUACUGUCGAUGCGAUCAGCUACACGGUACGGCAAAAGGACCCCGUCAGAUUCGAUGAAAUAGCCAUGCCAGCCGGGAAGGACUGCGGUUCGAGCUAUAUCAACCAAGCUUUUAUUAAGGAGUCUAGAGAAAGACUAGCACACAUUAUUGAACUGGGCAGGGAGCCCAUGUUGUCCAAGGAAGCAGUGAUCCAAGAAGAUCUAGUUCGAAAGUUCGAGCAGGAGCAAAAACGAAACUACGACCCGGGAGACUGGGAGGAGGAUGAGACUAUUAGUCUGCGCCUUCUUGGGCUAAGGCAAGACUCAGCGAGGAAUUUUGGCACUGGGAUGUUUUACAUUACGAAGGACCAAAUGAAUAACUACUUCAGGCGAAGCCUGGAUGGAACUGUGGAUCUGAUCGCCGAACAGCUGAAGCAACUUGAUGGCCAAGAGGUCACGGCCAUUCUCCUACUUGGUGGAUUUUCUCGAUCGCCGGCUCUGAAGCGUCGCCUCAACGACUCUUUCGGCCGAGAUAGACUUAAAGUAAUUCAUCUGCAUCAGGACAUAGACUUGACUACCGCAGUAUCCCGGGGCGGCGUCCUUCGUGCGCUAAAUAAGGAGGACGGCCCACGACGGAAGCUUAGGCUGAAUCUCGGAAACCAAAUUCUCGACGAGGGGGAGUCUACUGAAAUUUGCAUGCAUCGCGCAUUCAAACCAGGAGAGGAGAUGACUGCUUAUGAGACUUUAUAUUUCUCAGACGGGCCGGUCCACCAACAUUACCGCAUAGAUGACAAGAUGAACUCUGGUCAUCGUAUAGCGGGAUUUGUUGAAGCAUCCCUUGAAAGUCUUCGAACGAGGAAUAUGCUAGAGGAGAGAAUUAACGAUGUGGGAGAUGUGUACUAUGAAGUUCAUUAUAGUAUCAAACUGGAAGUGAAUGGCCGCAAUAUCAAGGCAACGAUUCAUUGCCCUCCAGGCCAAGAGGUCCAAGGUCAAGCACAAAUUUGCAUUGCCGCUGCCUUUCGACCUGGGACGAACUAA